AUGAACGAAUCAAGCAGCAAGAAUUCAUCAUCCAAAAAGAACUUCCAUACAAUCGAGUUGAAAUGGAUGAAUCAAAUUGAAUCCUCGAUUGUUGAUAGUUCAACCCGAGAUGCAGACGUGAUGGUUCAAGUCAGUUCCAGAAAGAUUAAAAACCAAGAAGAGUCUCCAAAUAAUAUCUUGUUCAGGACUCAUCACUAUGAGUUUCGUUUGGAACCUAAUCAAAGUUUCUUCAAGUUGAAAGGGAAUUCUGACACGAGUAGUCGAUUUUUCGUGGAACUCAAGCUUUUGAAAAAUUUGACACAAAUGAGAAAGAGAAAAACUCCACCCAAUUCGCUCAGUUCGUCUCUUCCUUCGUCCCUCUCUAGUGAAUCCUCUCAAUCCAACUAUGGUGGAUAUCAAACAGGUACACAAUCUCUCUCCAGCUCACAAAAAGAAGAAGAAGACGAAGACGAUUCUGCCCUCUCGCCUCCACGCUCACUUGAAAUUGCUGAGGAAAACUCAGAUUCGGAUCAAUCGAAUGAAGCCGCAGCAGCUGCAGAAAAUUUAUUGAGUAUUUGUGCAAUAGCUCAACAACGCAAUGCAACAUCAUCAACCUCUAUUGCCUCUGAAGACUCGUCAUCUCCUCCAAAGAGUAUCCAACCUCAAAAGCCACAUUCCUUAUUCGGAAGCAAUAGUCAAACGAAUGCAGUCACCUCUUCGUCACCAACCAAGGUCAGAGUGGCUUCCAAUCUUGCCUCAAUAACCACAAAUUUCAACAAUUCUAACAGCGCAAAACCAACAACUUUCAUUCCUCCACAAAUUGAAAAUGCAACUUCACAAAACUCUGCGACAAUGAAAUCUUCACAAGGGAUCAAAACUCCUCCCCCAAUACAACCAGCCGAGUCAAUGUUUGAGUCUUUUGCUUUUACUCCACCAAAAAAGGGAAGCAAAUCUCAGAAAAACUCAGACACUCCAUCAAAGAAAAAACGAGGAGGAGCCACCAAUAACAACAAUUACAAUGAGACCUCUAAUGGAAGUGACUCUCCUGGCACUAUGGACAGUGCAGGUCUCGUAGAUAGUAGCAUUCCAUUCUCUCCAUUUGAUGAUAUUAUCAACAGUGUGGAUCCAAAUCAUUUCACAUUAAGCACAACAAAUGCACAAGGCAUGGAAGAGGAAUUUAGAGAAUUUUCUAUUGGCAACGAUGAGGUUCCUGUCAUUACCUAUUCUUUUACUGAGGAUCUCGCAACAAAGAGUUGGGUGGUAGAACUAUUUUGGCCAACAGAAAAGAAGGCCCUGAGUUGGAGAGGAAAGUUUUGCUUCUACAUUAGUAUUUUCAGAAAAGAUAUGGCCUCUCGUAGCUACAAACUUGUCAUGAGCAAAAUUUCAUCUCAAUUUGCUGUAUUUUCCAAGCCAGAUGUUUAUCUUAAAAAGAUAAAAUCAUCCACAACAAAGGACUCCAAAAAGUCAGAAUCCAAAGAACCCAAGAAGAAAAAAGGUGGCAAGAAUAGUAAAAAGGAGACGGUACAAACGGUGACCAUGUUGGAUGGAGCAGUCGCCCAAACAUCCGAAAAUAUGUCUCCUCCUCCAAAACCACAUCAUCUGACACCUGGUGGAGGAGGUGGCGACAUUGCAGCUCAUCCUUUCCCACCCCCACCACCACUGCAACCUUAUCCACACCCUGGUUCUCCACCUCUUUCUGGCACUCCUAUAAGAUCUAAUGGCUUGCCUCCAGGUGCAACAAUGAUGCAUCCUCACCAACAGCAGCAAAUGACAAUGAUGAACAAUACCCUUCCUCCUCUCAAUGCUCAUCCCGGUUUUCAACAUUCUGGAGGAGCGUUGACUGCUUCCAAUCAUAUGCCCUUGCCAAAUCCGAAUCAAAUACUCUCUAGUGCACACAUGUUGCAACCACCACAAUUGUCACCAUCGAACAACCCUAAUGCAAGCUCCAUUCAUUCACCUCCAAUGAUGUUGGUGAAUCCUUCACAACCUCACUAUCUUGCUCCUCCUUACAAUAACAACAAUAGCAGCAACACUUCUGGUAUUCACUUGCAACCAUCAACCACAACAACCACAACAGCAAGCAUGAUUCCUCCAUUCUCACCUCCUUCAUCGCUUGUAUCAACUGGAACCAAUAGUCAAACAGAGAAGCGAUUCAAUUCAGAAAUUGAUAACCCAAGCGCCAUCAAUGAAGACAUGUCGCCGGUCAAGAAGCCAAAAGUUUAA